AUGGCAUCAACAACGACAUCAGCGGCAUCAAUGCUUCUCUCAGGACCAAUGACAAGUACCGAUGGUUUGAUAAAUCCAACAAUGUUAGAAAGUACAUUAUUCCCUUGUUCACAAUACAUAACACUCUCGGCUUCUGCUCCAUUUCCAACUAUAACAUUAGAUCUCACUCAAAAUCCUACCAACAAUUCAUUACAGGGUCAAUUUAACCUCUUUCAACCUAUUUUGACUCAAAAAUUUAUGCCAACUUCAAAUAUGUUGGGAAUGGAAAAUGUUUCAUUUCCGGACAGAGUUUGUGCAGCAACAACUGCUAUGACUUCUGAUCCAAAAUUCCCAGGUGCUCUUGUGGCUGCAAUAACUUCUAUUAUUGAAAGUAAUUCAAAUUGCGACAUUAGUGGUAUUGCCAAUGGUAUAAGGGAAGACAACUAUUGCAAUAAUUCUCAGUGA